ACAGCAGCGGAGCUGUGAGUCCGGGCCGCGUUUGAUCGGAGUCACUGUUCGACAUUGAUUCAGAGAGAUAAUAUCAUGGAGAUCCAGAACCAACCAAUUCCAGCAUUUAGAAGCUGAAGAACAACCUUUACAUUCUUAACUAUACUGCUUUAUCUGCUGCUACGAAUCUGUUUUCAGUUCUUCAUAGUUUGUUUUAAUUGUCAGCACCACCGUAGACUUCGCCAUGGUGCAGAAGUAUCAGUCCCCUGUGAGGGUGUACAAACAUCCUUUUGAACUGGUCAUGGCAGCAUAUGAGAGGAGGUUUCCCACCUGUCAUCUGAUUCCCAUGUUUGUGGACAGUGAUGUGAUCGAUGAGGAAAACAGUGAGGAUGGAUCCAUUCAUAAGAUUGAAAGAAGGUGUAAACUGGACGUGGAUGCACCACGACUCCUAAAACGGAUUGCAGGUGUGGACUAUAUCUACUUCAUUCAGAAGAACUCCCUGAACCACAGAGAAAGAACUCUUCAUAUUGAAUCCCACAAUGAAACCUUCUCCAGCAGAGUCAUAAUCCAUGAACUUUGCUGUUACUCGGUUCACCCAGAAAAUGAAGAAUGGACGUGUUUUGAACAAUCUGCCAGUCUGGACAUCAAAUCUUUCUUUGGUUUUGAGAGUACAGUAGAGAAGAUUGCCAUGAAACAGUAUGCCAGCAGUAUCAAAAAGGGUAAAGAGAUUAUUGAAUACUAUCUGAGGGAGCUGGAGGAAGAAGGUGUUACCCAUUUACCUCAGUGGAGCCCUUGCCUAACAUCACCCACAAAGCCUAUGGUGUCAGUUGUUCACCCUGUGUUGCCUAUCACUCCCACAAUCACCAUUGAAGCCCCUCCUGAGAGCAUGAAUGAGACUCAAGUGUGUAAAGAGGGCAGCAGUCCUCCUGGUAGCCUAAACGACGCCUUGGUAACCAGUCAGGAUGAUAAACUGGAUGCAGACUACAUCAAACGUUACCUGGGUGACCUCACACCCCUCCAGGAGAGCUGUCUCAUUCGCCUACGCCACUGGUUACAGGAGACACACAAGGGCAAGAUCCCAAAAGAUGAGCAUAUUCUACGGUUCCUGCGUGCACGGGACUUCAACAUAGAUAAGGCACGGGAGAUCCUUUGUCAGAGUCUGACGUGGAGGAAGCAGCAUCAGGUGGACUACCUGCUGGACACAUGGAGCUCUCCUCAGGUGUUGCACGAUUUUUACACCGGUGGCUGGCACCACCACGACAAGGAUGGCCGGCCUCUGUAUAUCCUACGCCUAGGACAUAUGGACACUAAAGGACUGGUUCGAGCACUUGGAGAAGAAUCCCUCCUUAGACAUGUGCUGUCUAUCAAUGAAGAGGGUCUGCGACGCUGCGAGGAGAACACUAAAGUCUUUGGUCGACCAAUUAGUUGCUGGACAUGUUUGGUUGAUCUUGAGGGGCUCAAUAUGAGGCAUCUGUGGCGCCCUGGAGUCAAAGCUCUGCUGAGGAUUAUUGAGGUAGUGGAGGCCAAUUACCCUGAGACUCUAGGCCGUCUGCUCAUCCUCAGAGCUCCCAGAGUUUUUCCUGUCUUGUGGACGCUGGUGAGCCCUUUCAUUGAUGAGAAUACACGAAAGAAGUUUCUGAUCUAUGCGGGAAAUGACUACCAGGGCCCUGGCGGUCUUGUAGACUACAUUGAUAAAGAGAUCAUCCCUGACUUCCUUGGAGGAGAGUGUAUGUGUGAAGUGCCAGAGGGUGGCUUGGUGCCCAAGUCCCUGUACAGAACUGCAGAGGAACUGGAGAAUGAUGAAAUCAGGCUGUGGACGGAGACUAUUUACCAGAGUGCCAGCAUCUUUAAAGGAGCACCACAUGAGAUAUUGAUUGAGAUCAUCGAUGCCUCCUCAGUCAUCACUUGGGACUUUGAUGUAUGUAAAGGUGAUGUGAUCUUCAAUAUCUACCAUUCUAAACGAGCUCCACAGCCGCCAAGGAAGGAUCCACUGGCUACCCAUGGCAUUACCUCUCCUGCAGGCAACAAUGUGCAGCUUAUAGAUAAAUCCUGGCUGCUGGGACAGGACUACAGCAUGGUGGAGUCACCACUUACCUGCAAAGAGGGAGAAAGUGUGCAGGGUUCACAUGUGACUCGAUGGCCAGGUUUCUAUAUUUUGCAAUGGAAGUUCCACUCUAUGCCAGCAUGUGCCACCACAAACCUACCUAGGGUGGACGAUGUUCUGGCUACUCUGCAGGUGUCCUCUCACAAGUGUAAAGUCAUGUACUACACUGAGGUUCUAGGCUCAGAAGAUUUCAGGGGCUCAAUGACCAGCCUGGAAUCUAGCCACAGUGGUUUCUCUCAGCUCAGCGCCGCCACCACAUCCUCCAGCCAAUCACAGUCCAGCUCCAUGAUCUCCAGGUAGAAUGGAAAGAUGUUUAGGUUCUAGAAUGUUAUAUAAGUGCAGAACUCGAUUCUCAAUCAACCCCAUUACUACUCUUCCUCUGUCAUCUACCCCAACACUGUAUCACUCCAUGUCAAGGAUCUAAAGAAUGCUUCCACAACUAAAAAGAGUGUAAAAGAUAUCCGUCUCAAAGGAUUCUGGUGACUGUAGUUGUUUUUAAAGGGCUUGAAUCUGCUUUGCCGUAGGGGUCAGCUGGGCUGCAGGUCUCUUUAUGGUCUGAUUGUGCUUUGUGUGUGUCCAAAAGAAGUCGCUCUUUAUCAUGCAUUUCUACAUUUCCCAUGGACCACAUGCUGAACUAAGCAAUACAUGUUCUCAAAUUGGAAAGAGUCUGAAAUUAAGCAACUGAAUGUCUGCAUAUGCCCCCCACACACAUCUCAAAUACUGCACAUACCUACACAAAUGCACUUAGUUCUGCCAUAUCACUUGGAGCUCACCCUCUUGGUAAAUUGUUUUUAGGUCAGUGGGUGAGCUUCUGCAAUAACUUAGAACAAUUUGUACUAUUUGAAUUUGGAUUUAUCGUAAAAUGUUUUUGGAUACUGUAUUAAGUCGUCUUAGGUGCUACAAGCUUGUUUCCUCAUUGUUAGUGUGUGGCUAGACUUGCAGUUUGAACACAGAAAAAUGUUUAGUGAAAUAGUCACAGUACUGCUUUUGUGCUCAUUACUACUAGUGUUGGCUUCAAUUUUGACUUGGUGAAAUCACCUUGAUAUCGAACCUUAGACUUGCUGCUGAUCAGUUCCUAUGCAGUCAGCCAAUCAGUGCUUGGAAUGGUCAUUCAUAAUAAUAGGUCAAUUUUUUUUUUUUAAUGACAGUCAGCUUUCUUAGAAGAGAGGCAGUGGACAUUUUGUAGUGGACAAAAUGUAGUGGAUAAAAACAUAUUUAUCAUUGCUUCAAUAGAAUGUCUUGUCACAUACAAGGGUCUUGAAUCCAAGUUUUUUUAUGGUUUAUUACAGAAGGUAAAGGAAAGUUGUUUUCUUUUUGUUUGUAUUUUGCCUCUUUAGCUUGAUAGUUUAUAUUAGUAAAGACUUGGAGUGAAGCAUGCUCUUAAAGGCUCUGUAAAGGCUUAAAUAACUUGCUUAUUUGUUCAGGUUAAAAUAUAAAUAAGAGUUUUAAACAAUGUAACCGCAUUUUAGCCGAGAGCAUGUCCAUUAAUUCAGGUGACUUUUUAACAGAUUUGACACCAUGCACAACAAACUGAUUUCACCCGUUUACUGUCCUGAGAGAAUAUGUGUGCACAUUGUGAGGUUUACCUGAGGACAGUGGAUGUACACGCUCACAUUUAGCUUGCCCCAAUUGCUUGAAUGAUGCCAUAGCCCAAUAGUCUGAAGAUACUCCUGUCCUCCAUUUCUCAGACUUAUCAGUUCUGGUCUCAUGGACAGAACACUUUAGGGAAAAAGAGAUUGUUACACUGAACAACAGCUAGUUUUUACAUGUCGCUCCUAGAAUAUUGAUCAUAAUAUAGUAUAUUUAUAAUUACAAUGAAUUGUGUUGUGGAAAUAUUCUCUAAAAAUAACACAUAGUAAGAGUAAGUACAAGGAGAAACAAGUAAUAGUUUUCGUUUGAUGGUUAAAAAAAGACAUUGUCAAAAAAAAAAAGGAUUAUUUUCCAACUGUUGACUUCCAUUGAGCUACCACUCCUUGAAACUUCUAAACACCCCAUGAAGCACAUAUUCUGAACCAUGUGUACUCUGAAGUCCCUUUAUUUGUCUACAAGCUGCCAGUCAGGUAGGAGUUUCAGGGCUUACCUUUCAGAAUUGAAUGGUGUUUAACCAUGCACAGGUUAGUACACUUG